AUGUUGGAUCGUCAUCUCAAUGUUUUUGUUGAAUCUUAUGAUCGAGACCAGUUACUAUCGGCUAAUGAUGUUGAUUUAUACGAAAGUGUUGAACAAUGUAUUCCAUUUGAUCAAAAAAAUGAUCCAUGUAAGAUUGAUUUAGUUAUUUGUUUGGGUGGUGAUGGUACUCUUUUACAUGCUUCAAGUGUAUUUCAAAAAAGUUGUCCACCUGUAUUAUCAUUUUCUAUGGGAUCGUUGGGAUUUUUAACACCAUUUGAUUUUCAAUUUCAUGAAAAUAUUUUAAAUGAAGUAUUAUCUGGCAAAGUAGCUGUUUUAUUACGAACACGUUUAAAUUGUACAACUAUUAAAAACGAUUCAAAUAAUUUAUCUCCAUCAGAUGCAUCAGAUUCUUCUUCACAAACAAAUGAAACAACUACAUUAAAUAAUAUUGAUGAUAUCACUCAUCUAGCAUUAAAUGAAGUUGUUAUUGAUCGUGGACCAAAUUCAUAUUUAUCAAAUCUUGAUUUAUAUAUUAAUGAUAAGUUUAUUACGAAAGUACAAGGUGAUGGUUUAAUAAUUUCGACUCCUACUGGUUCUACAGCUUAUGCAAUGGCUGCUGGUGCUUCAAUGGUUCAUCCAAAUGUUCCUGCAAUGGUGAUCUGUCCUAUAUGUCCACACUCCUUAUCGUUUCGUCCAAUUGUUAUUCCAGCUGGUAUUGAACUUACACUGAAAGUAUCUCAAGAUACUCGUAUAAGUGCAUGGCUUUCAAUUGAUGGAAGAAAUCAACUUGAAUUACAUCAACGUGAAGGUGUAAAAAUAACAACAAGUGUUUAUCCAGUACCAUGUAUUUGUCGAUUUGAUCAAGUAGGUGAUUGGUUUCAAUCAUUAGCUGAUAUACUUCAUUGGAAUAUACGUAAACCACAAUUAAAUCUUGAUACUGAUCAAGAAAUUCAAAGUGAUGAACAAGUUCAAACUGACGAUGAUGAAAAUACAAUGGAUAAAAAUGAAAAUUUUUCCAAUCUUUCAAAAGUGGAAUCAACAACAAAUAUAUUGGUAUAA